AUGGCUAGUGAGGAUAGUUUUCUAGUGCUAGUACACCACAGAGGAUCGAUUAAGAGAAAAACUCGGUCUGGGGUGAAGUUCAUGGAUAAGGAUCCUCUAUGUAUCAUCAUGAGCCCCGCGACCAGUUACGAUGGUCUCGUGAGCUCUGUGCUUGGCAAACUUGGUCUGGAAGGAGUGAAGAGAGUUAAGAAGUUUUUCUAUCGCAUUCCAAUCACGGUGCUCCACCAUACGGUGAAGUAUGAUUGUUUCACGAUCGGGAGUGAUGAGGACUUGCAGGUCAUGUUUUUUUCUCGUAGGAAGUUUCCGGAGAUGAGGACACCGGAACUGUUGGCUAAGUUCGUCGACGUGGUAUCUAGCUUUGGUGGGUCGAACCGGAAUGCCAACACUAUAGCCACGGCGGCCGGUUCGAGCUCGAGACCUGCGGUUGCUUCUUCCUCCGUUCCAGUGUAUGAGGCAGCGAUCCAGCCUGCCGCCUCCCCAUCGUUUGCUGUUGAUCUCGCCAACAAUGUUGGAGACGAGGUUGGAUAUGAUGAACAUCAUCCGACUCAAUUACAGUGUCCUCCACCGGCUGGUGUUGGCGAGGGAUUGUGUGAUGAUCCAGAUGAUGAUGAAGUCGAGCCGGAUAUUAUCGCUGAUGAAAGCGGCAAUGAAGUUGGAGCGAGUGAUCCGAUAAGGCCUACUGGUGGUUCUAGUUCUGGCACAAAUCAGUACCCACCUCAUUUUUCAUCUUUGGAUCUGGAUGCCAUGAGGCAGGAUGAACAUCUUGGGCAGCUAGCUGGAUUUGGCGCUAGAGAUACCGACGGAUCUGCCGGUAUGACAGAGUUCCAGACGUACAGCAUCCGCCGAGGGGUACAGUACAAGGUGGUUGAGUCUGACUAUCGUCGGUACGUGGGAAAGUGUUCUGAAUUUGGGAAUGGGUGCACAUGGUUGAUUAGGCUGAGCCUCCGACAGAGCAAGGGUAUUUGGGAAGUCAAGCGGUACAACGGGCCGCAUACCUGUCUCGCCACCUCCAUCUCCAGCGACCAUAGGAGCUUGGACUACCACGUGAUAGCGACAUUCAUCAUGCCAAUGGUUAGGGCUGACGCAUCCGUCAACAUCAAGGUGCUUCUAAAUGCAAUGGCAGCACACUUUGGCUUCAGGCCUACAUACCGGAGGGUGUGGAUGGCGAAGCAGAAGGCGGUAGCAAUCAUCUACGGGGACUGGGAUGAGUCGUACAACGAGCUCCCUCGGUGGGUCUUAGAAGUUCAGUUGACUAUGGCUGGCACUGUAGCAGUCCUCAGGACCUGCCCUAUUCGAGUUGGUGGACAGGUGGAUGACUCUCAGGCUUAUUUUCAUAGGAUGUUCUGGACUUUUCCCCUUGUAUCGAAGCAUUUCGUCAUUGCAAGCCGACGGGAAUUCCAACAUACUCCCUAUGGCAUUCCACUAGUUGAGGGUGAGAAUGCUGAGUCAUGGUCCUUCUUUCUCUCCCACCUCCGUCAGCACGUGACACCUCAGCCAGGUCUGUUAGUUAUUUCAGAUAGGCAUAACGGCAUCAAGGCAGCACUUGAGGCACCUGAUGGGGGAUGGCUACCUCCGUCUGCAUACCGGGCAUUCUGCAUUCGACACGUUGCAGCAAAUUUUGCCCUGACCUUCAAGGGCAAAGAUGCCCGGAGGCUUCUUGUGAACGCCGCAUAUGCGAAGACGGAGGUGGAGUUUGACUACUGGUUCAACAUUCUGCGCUCUGAGAAUCCGGCAAUGUGUGACUGGGCGAACUGA